AUGCUGUUCGGUCGUAAGUCAUCGAGCAAGUUACAGCCAGUAAAUGGCCAAUCUUCGCCUAAAGCUAGCAAGAUUAACAAGCAGGAUGUUAAGCCAUCAUCAUCACCUAACGCUUCGUCACCUAUGCCGAUUAGAUCAUCUAAGUCAAUAUUAUCAAGACGUACUUCUUCGAAUUUGUCGCCUGUGGGUGUCCUCAAGAAUGCUUCUAUUAGAGAAGCUAAGAGCCCCAAGACAAGGAGCUCACCCAAAUGGGCAGGGAACUUUAUUCUUAUGGUCGAGCUUCGCAGGAAGAUCUUUACAUUUAGAGAUAUCAUUGAUCUUCCCCAUCUUGAUGGUUCUCCUUCCAUAACCGAUAUUGUUACGCAUACAAUGCAAGAUCUCAAGAAUAUUUGUCCUGAUAUUAUCAACAGCUCACUUAUUUCAGAAAUUAGACGAGCAAAUGUCGACAAGGUACUUGACCAUUUCUUCAAUGCUUUGAAAUCUAUGGGAGAUUCAUGGAUCGAUAACUCCGAAUGGAUAGCUAAAUCUAAGUAUUGGAGUAGUAGCGUGGGAAAGAAUCAGUCCGAUCGAUUAGUGGAAAAAGUGUUAGCAGCAUUAGAUGGACUGAUCAAGAUGUCGAAAGAGAGGUUUGAUAUGAUGGAGAUUGAUGAAAAAGAAGAAGAGAGGGAAGAUUUAAUUAGUCCGCGGACUGCUAAAACAUUGAGCAGUCGAGUUUUAUCUCCAUCUGAAUCAUUCUCUGAUAGCAGAAGCUCGUUCUGCGGGUCACCAAUCACGCCACGAUCAGUUCUUCCAGAACCGAUGAUAGGCUCGCCGAGUAAGGGUGGAGACUUUGCAAACUCUGCAUCACAUCUUCUGUGGAAUAUGAGAGUCCAAGCACUUGAGAAGCUUAGUCCUAUCGAUGUUAAGCGUCUCGCUAUUCACAUUUUGUCACAGAAAGAGGCUCAAGAACCGAAUCAAAGCAACGGAGAAGAUGAGACUAAUGUUGUUGAGGGGAUAAAGCAGAAGACGAACGACAUAGAGAGCUUUGAUGUUAAGAUGGGGACAGAAGAAUCUGUUGUUCUUGAUGACGAAAAAAAUGCACUCAUGAAAGUCUCUCCACUUGAUCCAACAGCUGAAUCCAAACUCAAUGUUUCAGAUAAAUCAGAACUUGAGGAAAAAUCUUUACCAUCUUUAUCCAUAUCAACAAUGCCACGUCCUCCGCCACCGCCACCAGUCAUGUCUUUAAAAAGCUCUGUUUCACCACCACCUCCUCCUCCAGCAACUUUGGUGGCCGUACAACCACCGCGUCCACCUCCACUAACUGUAGUGGCGCCACCACCACCUUCCCCAUCUUCUGCGACUGCAUCGGUUCCACCACCACCACCUCCUCCACCGAUGCAAAACAGAGCCCCACCGCCACCUCCAAUUCCUAUGGAGAACAGAACAGGUGAUGGUGGACCACCACCUCCACUACCUCCUAUGCCUCAAGCUAAUGGAACAGCACCGUCUCCACCACCACCUCCUAUGGCAAAUGGAGCAGCACCGCUUACGCCACCUCCUCGAAUGGUAAAUGUAGCAGCUCCACCUCCACCACCGCCUCGAAUGGGUGUGUCGAGCGGAGCGGCUGGUCCACCGCCACCACCAGGAGCAGCAAGAAGCUUGCGGUCCAAGAAAGCAGCUACAAAACUGAAAAGGUCAACCCAAUUAGGGAACCUUUACAGAAUCCUUAAAGGGAAAGUAGAAGGGCAUGAUCCUGAGGCUAGAACAGGCGGAGGAAGCGGAAGAAAAGCCGGAGCCGGAAGCGCUCCAGCCGGUGGAAAGCAAGGGAUGGCUGAUGCUCUUGCUGAGAUUACAAAGAAGUCUGCAUAUUUCCAGCAAAUACAAGAAGAUGUUGCUAAAUACAUGAAAUCAAUCAAUGAGCUAAAGAUUGAGAUCACUAAGUUUCAGACUAAAGACAUGACUGAGCUUCUUAGCUUCCACCGUCGUGUGGAAUCAAUUCUUGAAAAACUAACAGAUGAGACACAGGUUCUUGCACGAUGUGAAGGGUUUCCACAGAAGAAACUCGAAGCAAUAAGAAUGGCCGCUGCAUUGUACUCGAAGCUCCACGGAAUGAUCACCGAGCUACGGAACUGGAAGAUAGAACCUCCUUUGAAUCAACUUCUUGAUAAAGUCGAACGUUACUUCACAAAGAUCAAAGGAGAUAUCGACACGCUGGAGAGAACCAAAGAUGAAGAAGCUAAGAAAUUCCAGAGCCACAACAUCCACUUUGACUUCAAUAUACUUCUUCAGAUUAAGGAGACAAUGGUUGAUAUUUCAUCAAGUUGCAUGGAACUCGCUUUGAAGGAAAAAAGAAAUGAAAAUCUUGUGUCGCCUGAUGGAAAGCCUAGCAUGAAAAAGACAGUAGGAUGUACCAAAAUGCUGUGGAGGGCAUUUCAGUUUGCAUUCAAAAUUUACACAUUUGCUGGAGGACACGAUGAUCGAGCCGAUUCUUUAACCAGAGAGUUGGCUCAUGAGAUCCAAACUGAACCUCAGAACCCAUAA